UCUAUCUACGAAUGCCACACAUCGACAGUCGGAAAACUCCCUAAAACGAAACAGUCAACACUUGGCUGCUUCUUGUCAAAAUCUAACCACGGGAAACGUAGCUAGCAAGGAAAAUAUUAAUUGGUUUACCAUUCCUCUGUAUGGAUAAGUAAUUUACCAGCUUUUUGAGCACAAAGUGUAAUCUAUAACUAAACAUGGAUUUCAACGUCAAAAGGUUAGCAGCAGACGCCGGUACUUUAUUCAGUCGUGCAGUUCAAUUUACGGAGGAAAAACUUGGGCAAGCUGAGAAGACUGAGUUGGAUGCUCACCUGGAGAACCUUCUGUGCAGAGCAGAAUGCACCAAGCAAAACACGGAAAGAAUCAUGAAGCAGACAGAGGUUCUACUACAACCAAACCCAAAUGUCAGAAUAGAGGAAUUUCUGUACGAGAAACUGGAGAAGAAAGUCCCCACGCGGAUGAACAACCACGAGGUGCUUGGCCAGUCCAUGAUCGAGUCGGGGAGUGAGUUUGGCCCUGGAACGGCCUAUGGAAACGCACUUAUUAAAUGUGGCGAGACGGAGAAGCAGAUUGGAGGAGCGGAGAGAGAGUUCAUCCAGAGCUCAGCCAUCAACUUCCUCACGCCAUUCAGGAACUUUCUAGAAGGAGAUUUCAAAACCAUCCUGAAAGAACGGAAGCUUUUGCAGGUGAAGCGUUUGGAUCUGGACGCGGCCAAAACCAGGCUAAAGAAAGCCAGAGUUCCUGACGCUAGAGCAGUGGCAGAGCAGGACCUGAGGAUGACCCAGAGUGAGUUUGAUCGACAGGCUGAGAUCACCAGGCUGCUCCUGGAGGGGGUCAGCAGCACCCAUGCACACCACCUCCGCUGUCUGACUGACUUUGUGGAGGCCCAGACUACAUACUAUGCCCAGUCUUACCAAUACAUGGUUGACCUCCAGAAGCAACUGGGGAGCUUCCCAUCUACGUUCUCCUCCAACAACAACCAGUCGUCUAGUAGUUCCGGUGGGGCCAGUAUCUCAGUACCCACCAUCCCCUUGUCUGCCUCCAUGCUCAGCCCCUCUCCCGGCCUGGGCUUGUCAGGCUUCCAUGAGCUCCGGAACUCCAGCGGCAGCCGUAAAGCCCGCGUUCUCUAUGACUACGAUGCUGCUGGCAGCAGUGAACUCUCCCUGCUCGCUGAUGAGGUCAUCAUGGUGAGCAGUGUCCCAGGCAUGGACUCUGAUUGGCUGAUGGGUGAGCGGGGUACCCAGAAGGGUAAAGUGCCCAUCACCUAUCUGGAGCUGUUGAACUGAUCAGAGCGGAGUGAUGCCUGUAUGUGGAGAGACUCAAGAGAGUCCAGACGGCUGGGCCCGUAUUCAUAAUGCAUCUCAGAGUAGGUCCUAGGAUCAGAUUUACACUUUAGAUUAUAACUAUAUGGAUAUGCGGGAUCUGAUUACCUGAUCCUAGUUCAGCAGUCAUACUCUGAGACGCUUUGUUGAUACAGGCACCAGGAUCCAGAGGAAAGCAACAAGCAAGCCCAGUGUAGUAGAGCAAGGUUUCCCUAUUUAUACUGUCUACCACGGGAUAUGGUCUGCUCCAUGCUAAUUCUGUCAAUUCAUCAGGAGUGUUGUAAGUCGAUGGAAAACAGUGACAAUGACAUUGUGAAUUGAAAUUCGUCAAAGGAAUUGUGUGGAUUGAGUUGGAACUGACCCUAUCCCUGCCGUGCCAUGUAUGCAACUAUGUUUAUACAAGCCGCUUCAAUGUUUUCGCUCAAUGCAAUCUUAAUUCAAUAUGUGCCAGACUUUCUCCACAACCUUCCAUUUGUACAACCAAACCUUUUGUUUAAAGUACAAUUCAGAUGUUGAUCUUAAAGUGCUUUUUGAUGUGAUUUCUUUUUCUACUCACUGCCAAUAGUCCAGUUUGUAAUAUGGUUGAAAUGCUAGGCAUGUCUUUUUUUUGUAUUGUCAACAAGACAAAAAAGCACUUUAAUUUGCAUAAAAAAAUAAACCAA